CGUACUACUACCGUGCCACCUACAGGCAGUUUACCCUAUUCCGUCCCAUGCUUGUCGGCCACUCAAAUGCUCACUUGCAGGCUGCAACCAUCUUCAUUCACAUAGAUCCCACGCUGAGUACCAACACGGUCUACUGACACCUUACCCCAUCUCUCUCACUCUCCUCCACUUCAGUCUUCCCCAGUACUACUCUCCUUAGCCUUCAUCGCUGGCAGCACCAUAGAACCUCCGUCGCAAUGGCGACGAGCCCGCCCACCCAGGAAGACCAGGGCCGACUACUAGAAGAGGCCCUGGGAGUCGUUCGACAGCAGGCUGUGCAGAUGCGAAGAUGUCUGGAGACGCCAGGGAAGCUGAUGGAUGCCCUAAAAUGCGGGUCAGUACCAGACCACAAGUCCUCUAUUCUUUCUGCCUGCACUCGCUGACUUGCGUCCAUCAACAUAGAUCUACCCUGGUUUCCGAGUUGAGGACACCAACCCUCGGCCCCAAACAGUACUAUGAACUCUACAUGGCUGUCUUCGACGCCUUGCGACACCUCUCCGACUAUCUGCGCGACUCCCAUCCCGUCAACCACCUCGCCGACCUAUACGAACUCGUCCAGUAUGCUGGCAACAUCAUCCCUCGCCUCUACCUCAUGAUCACCGUCGGAACUGUCUACAUGGCCGUCGAGGAUGCCCCGGUCAAAGAAAUCAUGAAAGACAUGAUGGAAAUGAGUCGUGGAGUGCAGCAUCCCAUUCGCGGCUUGUUCCUGAGGUACUAUUUGAGUGGCCAGGCACGCGAUCACCUUCCCGUGGGAAAAGAGGAUGGCCCACAAGGCAAUAUCCAGGACUCGAUCAAUUUUAUCCUCACCAACUUUGUCGAAAUGAACAAACUGUGGGUACGGUGGCAGCAUCAAGGUCAUUCCAGAGAAAGAGAACAGAGGACUCAAGAACGCCGAGAGCUGGAAUUAUUGGUCGGGAGCAAUCUCGUCAGGCUUAGCCAGCUCGUCGACCUUGAGACCUACAAGUCAACCAUUAUCUCGCCCUUGUUGGAACAGGUCGUGCAGUGCCGUGAUGUCUUGGCGCAAGAGUACCUGCUCGAAGUCAUCACAAAGGUUUUUCCUGAUGAGUACCAUCUACACACCUUGGACCAGAUGCUUUCCGCAAUAGCCCGCCUCAAUCCACAUGUUGAUAUGAAGAAGAUUGUCAUUGGCCUGAUGGAUCGUCUUUCUACCUAUGCCCAAAGGGAAACCGACGGAGUUUCCGCAGAAGACAAGCAGAAAGCUGAAGAAGAAGCAACCAUCAGACUUCUCGAGAAAGUUGACCUCUCGGCAAGUGCCAAACCUGAGCCAGUGGACGAGGCUGAUGCCUCGAAAACCAAUGGAACAGAGCCAAAGUCGCCUUCAGCAAGUCUACCAGCUCAACCCGAGGCAGAUACACCGAACUCGCCAACAAACACGCAGGCUACCAAUGGGGAGAAGUCAUCUGCAAACGUAGGCGAUGUGAAGCUCUUUGAAAUCUUUUAUGAACAGGUCAUCAGCUUGGUCAAGACGCGAGGACUCCCCAUCCAAGAUACCAUGGCCUUACUGACGUCGCUCGCAAACCUGGCAUUAAACAUAUAUCCCGACAGACUAGAAUAUGUCGACCAAAUAUUGGCAUACGCCCGGGAAAAGGGGGCCGAAUUCAUGGACUCUGCCGAUCUCCAUUCUGCUGCGACACAAGCCAAUAUGCUCAACCUCCUCCUCUCGCCGAUUAGGACAUACUUUUCUCUCUUCACCGCCCUCGCUUUGCCCAAUUACCUUCCACUCUACCAGUCCCAGACCUAUGCCACCCGGCGCGCAGUAGCGGGUGAAGUUGCAAAGAACAUUCUUCGAAAUCGAAUCAAGAUUACUACCUCACAACAUCUAGAAGGCGUCCUGUCUCUCCUCAAGGUCCUCAUCAAAGAAGGUAUUCAGCAACCAGGCGGGUACCCCGGGUUGAAUCGCCAGAGGGCCGGAGAGUCGGAUGAAACAGUGGAGGAGCAAGGUUGGCUGGCGCGGAUAGUGCAUGUCAUUCAAGGUGCGGACAACGACACCCAGCUGAGACUCUUGCAACAAGCCAGAAAAGCAUACGAAGCAGGAAACGAAAGAAUCAAGUACACCACACCAGCCAUCAUCACUGCUUCAUUGAAAUUGGCCCGCAAUUUAAAGAAGCGCGAACACUUUGACGACAACUGGCAAACACAAUCAUCUGCGCUCUACCGAUUUAUCCAUCAGACAUUGUCCCAGCUGUAUACGCGGGUCAAUCCUGGUGCUGCUGAGCUAACGCUACGCCUGUUCGUAGCCGCGGGACAAGUCGCUGAUCAAAAUGGGUUCGAAGAAUUUGCAUACGAGUAUCUGGCGCAAGCUUUUACCAUUUAUGAAGAUAGCAUCAGUGACUCGAGAGCGCAAUUUCAAGCGGUCUGCAUCAUCGCCGGGGCUUUGCAAUCCAGUCGAGGGUUUGGAAAGGAGAAUUACGACACGUUAAUCACCAAAGCGGCAUUGCAUGGAAGUAAGUUGUUGAAGAAGCCGGACCAGUGUCGUGCAGUCUAUUUAGCAAGUCAUCUAUGGUGGGCGGUCGAAAUCGCAGGCAAGGAGGAGGACGCUAAAGACUUUUACCGCGAUGGUAAGCGCGUACUCGAAUGUCUUCAGAGGGCACUACGGGUUGCCGAUGCUUGCAUGGAUACGGCUGUCUCAGUGGAGUUGUUUGUUGAGAUUCUAAAUCGCUACGUCUACUACUUUGAUCAGCAAAACGAAACGGUGACUACAAAAUACCUCAAUGGCCUCAUUGAGUUGAUCCAUUCGAACUUGUCAAGCACCAAUACCGACGGCAACACCCAAUCGAUGGAGAACCCCAAGCGACACUUCUUCCGAACGCUGGACUACAUCAAGACGAGAGAUUACGAGGGAGUGAUUACCGAGGCUCGCCAAUAGAUGGAGUCGCGCCAAUGGGCGACAUUGAUUCAUGGAACGGGGCAUUGAACCAAGGGUGUUUGAGAUGGUCAGGCGGCAGAAGAUGUCGUUAAUUGCGAUGGCUAUUGUUGCUGCUGACCUUGUGUGGAUCUCUCACGCAGGCUAAAUAGGUAAUGAUUGUCAUCUUGGCCUGCCAACAAGAUACAUACGGAGUAAUAUAAAAUGUGGCAUGCCCCGCAGCUAUCAUCCAUUGAAAUGUUGCGAUUUAUACGGUCGUUGUCCGUUAAGUCGUUUUCAGUAUUUCUAGU